CCGGCUGCGGUGUACAGCGGCCAAGGAGAUGUCGCUGCUGCGAGCGCUGAGCGUCUGCCUCGUCGUGCGGCCCCGGCGCUGCCCGGGGAGGGGUCUUCGUCCCGGCACCGACCUGCCUUUCUUGCAGGCGGAGCCCCUUUUGCUUCGGUCGCCCCAGCCAUGGCACUCAUUUCACGCCGGGUCCUGGCUGUCAUCCUCGGCCUCCAGCAAGGAGCUGCUCAUGAAGCUGCGGCGAAAAACGGGCUACUCCUUUGUAAACUGCAAGAAAGCUCUGGAGACUUGUGGCGGAGAUCUCAAACAGGCAGAGAGCUGGCUCCAUAAGCAGGCCCAGAAGGAGGGCUGGAGCAAAGCUGCCAAGCUCCAUGGGAGAAAGACUAAAGAAGGGCUGAUUGGGCUGCUGCAGGAAGGAAACACGUCGGUGUUAGUAGAGGUAAACUGUGAGACAGAUUUUGUUUCCAGAAAUUUAAGAUUUCAGCAGUUGGUCCAGCAAGUAGCCCUUGGAACCAUGUUGCAUUGUCAGAGCCUAAAGGAUCAACUCUCUACGUACAGUAAAGGUUUCUUGAAUUCCUCUGAGCUCUCUGAGCUUCCAGCUGGGCCUGAGACAGAAGGCUUUCUCAAGGAUCAGCUGGCCUUAGCAAUUGGGAAACUGGGAGAAAACAUGAGUCUUAAACGAGCUGCAUGGGUGAAGGUGCCAGCUGGGUUCUAUGUUGGCUCUUACGUCCAUGGAGCGAUGCACAGUCCCUCGCUCCACAACCUGGUGCUGGGGAAGUAUGGGGCCCUGGUCAUCUGUGAGAUGUCUGAGCGGAGAGCAAACCUUGAAGACCUUGGCCGCCGCCUUGGGCAGCAUGUGGUGGGCAUGGCCCCUCUCUCUGUUGGCUCCCUGGACGAUGAGCCUGGGGGAGAGGCAGAAACCAAGAUGCUGUCCCAGCCAUACUUGCUGGAUCCUUCCAUCACAUUGGGACAGUAUGUGGAGCCCCAGGGGGUGUCCGUAGUAGACUUUGUACGGUUUGAAUGUGGAGAAGGUGGAGAGGCAGCAGAGGCUGAAUAGCUUCCAGACACUUUUGGCCCAGGAGGAAAUGUUUAUUCUUGGUUGUGGACAUUAUUACAACAAGAAGUUAUUUCCUAAGCCUCUUCAAACCCGGAAUUUGUUUUUCAUUUGAGUUUAUAAUGAAAUCAUAAACUUAAUGGGUAAAAUUAUUAAAUAAAAUUGUUAUAUAAUAAAGAGAGUUGAAUCUUU